AUACUACUGCGCUGCACUGUGAUCAAGCAUCAAGCAAUAAUUCGAGUCGAGUGUGGCAGGAAUUUGAAGCGCGCAGUAAUCAAAAAUAAAUCGCAGAACCACACUAAUUCGCGUCGGGUCUUCACGGGUUGUUGCUUUAUUGUUGAUGUUUACAUCAAGACGCGAAACAUGCUCAAAAAUCAAAGACUUCUUAAGAGCGUUACUCUUAUUUUAUCACUGAUUUGUGUAACAAUUUUUCCAACUGCUAAUGGACAAUCAAGAAUUUCUGGAGGCGAUGAAGUCAAACCAAAUGAAAUUAAAUUUCAAGCUUCUGUAAGGGUUUAUGAUCAACAUGUUUGUGGUGGAACCAUAAUAAGUUCAAAACACAUUCUAACAGCUGCCCAUUGCUUGGAUGGACUUGGGUUUGAAGAACCUUUUGAUGAUCUAUCAGUUGUGACAGGAGGCCUCAAACUUCUCGAUACUCGUAACCAACAUACAGUUGCUGAUAUUACUGUGCAUGAGGGUUUCUUGAAUGGUCUGCAGGAUUCAUGGAUAAAUGAUAUCGCUAUUAUCACACUACAAGAUGAAAUUGAUUUCGAUGAAACUCAAGCUCCUGCUGAUUUGCCUACUGAACCUAUUUCAAACGAUUUGUCGGGUAUUGUUAUCGGAUGGGGUCGGCAAGAUUUUGCAAAUUCUUACUUGGCAAAAACUCUUAGAAAAGCAACACUGAAAGUUCUAACUUCCGAAGAAUGUCAACCAACAAUGAAAGCUAAAAUUUAUCCGAGUCAAAUUUGUGGAUUUGCUGGAAAGAAUAUUGGAAUUUGCAAAGGUGACAGUGGUGGUCCCUUAGUUGUUGAUAAUACUGUAGUUGGAAUUUCUUCAUGGAAUGUUCCCUGUGCUACUGGAGUACCAGAUGUUUUUACAAAUGUUUACAACUAUCUUGAUUUUAUCAAUGAAGUUAUGGCUAAAAGCAAAUAAAGUGAUAAAUUAUUGU